CAUCAACGGCCGUUACUGCUUGACACUGCUUUGUGUAACCAAUUAAGGUGCUUUUGAAAAACGCCCUCUAACGGCACAUAUUUACCAGAAUCUUUUGUGAGCCUAUAAAAAGUGACAUAUUAUUAGUGCGUCUCGUCAGUCAUCGCCAUGAAGCUGUUCCUAACUUUUGUCGCCCUUUGUGUGUGCGCCCACGCCGAACUUCUCAGGGUUCCCCUGACGAAGAUCAGCUCCGUGCGUAAGCAUCUGAUCGAGAAAGGAACUGCCCGUCAUGUUGCUUUUAGUAGGCCCAUCGUAGGCAACAGCAUCGAGCCCAUUAACAACUACAUAGAUGCUCAAUAUUACGGACCUAUUAGCAUCGGAAACCCUCCGCAGACUUUCCAGGUCGUCUUCGAUACUGGAUCGUCCAACCUAUGGGUGCCUUCUUCGCAAUGUCCUAUCACAAACGUCGCUUGUCUUCUGCACAACAAGUACCACUCUGACAAGUCACUGUCGUACGUUUCCAACGGCACUGCGUUCAAUAUCCAGUAUGGUUCGGGUAGUGUGUCCGGGAGGCUUUCUACCGACAGCGUCCUCGUUAGUGGCGUCAGGAUCAGCAAUCAGACAUUUGCUGAAAUUUUCAAGGAGUCUGGAAUAAGCUUCAUUGCAGCUAAGUUUGACGGUAUCCUCGGUAUGGCGUAUCCUGAGAUUUCAGUUCUUAGAGUGUUGCCGCUCUUUGAUGAGAUGAUCCGGCAGAAUGCCAUAAAUAAAGCUAUCUUUACGUUCUAUCUCACUCGCGACCCGGAUCAUCCCACCGGCAGUGAACUCGUCAUUGGAGGGAUCGACGAGAAGCACUACAAGGGUGAGAUUUCCUAUUUUCCAGUGACGAAGAAAGGCUACUGGGAAUUUCGGAUGGACAAAGUCACCGUAGGCGGUAAGAUCGAUUUUUGCGCACACGGAUGCGCAGUCAUUGCUGAUACUGGUACGUCGCUUAUUGCUGGACCAGUAGCCGAGAUUAAGAAGCUGAAUGAGGCGAUCGGCGCCGCACCAUUUAUGAAUGGCGAAUACGUGGUCACCUGCAACAAUCUGUCGAAUAUGCCGAACGUAACUUUCUUCUUUAGUGGCAAACCCUUUACCCUUAGUCCUAAGGACUACGUCCUUAAGAUGAGCCAAGGCCCGUUUCCCGUCUGUUUAUCAGGCUUCAUUGGCCUUGACGUUCCUCGUGGUCCUCUUUGGAUUCUCGGCGAUGUCUUCAUAGGGAAGUACUUCACUGUGUUCGAUCGCGUCAACGAUCAGGUCGGGUUCGCGGAAGCUGCUUAGGUAUCAUGUUUGUAGAGCAGCGGCGCCCGAUUAUGAUAAUUAUACAUUUAAAUUCAAAUUCAUUUUCUAAACCCUCAUUUUCGUGAGAACGUGUGCUUUGGAAAUCAAAUUCAAAAUUUAGCGACACCAAAUUGGCUCUAUCGCUUUCGCGGUGUUUCAACUUUGUGAAUGAAUAGAAAAAAGUAUUAAUAUUAUAAUAGAGAAUAAAUUGUUCUUAAUAUGUUCAGAAGCAUUGGAUCAUUCUGAUCCAACUAAUAAAUUGCAAUCUCUUUGUUUUUAUUGUGACACGUACUUUUGUCAAACAAGUUUUGCGUGAUAGUCUCAGGGUCUUGGGACAAAACCCGCCUGAUCUAUUUAUGAGGAAUCAUUGAUAACUUCAUCAUUCUUGAAAUCUUACCAAAGCAUUAGUCAUUAAUAUGAGCUGCCUUUCAGAGCAUUAGGGUAACGCAAAGUGUUAGUGAACGCAUUGCUGUUAUUCUAACGAAAACAAAACAAAAUUGACGACUAUUAAAUAUAACGCGUUGUGCGCUAUGUUCAACAAUCGUGUAGCUCGUCCAUAAGUGCAUUAAUAAAAGCUUGCUCUUUGGGUUAU